AUGUGGAAAACCCAAAACUUCGCCUGGAGAAUGGAGUGUAACCAGUGCAAUGCACCAAAAACCUGUAAGGCUUUGGACCUCCUCCCUUCCCUCCUCCAGGUGGGACCGUGUCGUGGUGGACCUGGUGGGAUUGCGUGGUGGCCGUUGGUCAUGGACCGUGGAGUAGGGCCGGUGGACCCUGGUGGCUUCCGUGGAGGGCAGAGGUGUGUGGAUCGUGGAGGUUUCAGAGGAGGGACGUGGCAUGGACAGAGGUGGUUUUGGAACGGAAGGGGUCGAGAUGACUCUGGAGACGAGGGUCCACUAGCCCAGCCGGAUCGUGCUCUGAUCCAGGGGGCACUCAAGACUCUGGCCAGCAAGCUUGAAGACCUCAACACCUGCAACGAGCUCAUCGGGAAGCACGGCGCCGCCCUCCAGCGAUCCCUCAGUGAACUGGAGGACCUGCGCGCCGCCAGCGACGGCGUCGAUAAACUGAGGACCGUCAACGAGCGAGCCACUCUCUUCCGCAUCACUUCCAAUGCUAUGAUCAAUGCCUGCCAGGACUUUGUGGAUCUAGCAGAGGCACACAGCCGGGGGUGGCAGCGCGCUCUACAGUAUGAGCGGGAACAGCGCCACCACCUGGAGGAGACUAUCGAGCAGCUAGCCAAACAACACAACAGUCUGGAGAGAGCCUGGAGAGAAUCGCCCAGCACACACAAUAAAGGGGCAGAGGGAACACCGGAGGGAGAAUCCAGUGAAGAGAAUGAAGACAUAGAGUUCUUUGAUGCCAUGGAAGAUUCUCCCGCCUUCAUCACAGUGCCUGCAGACGAUCACUCACAACACAGCAGUAAUCAGACCGUGAGCCGUGGAAGUUUAUCCAGUAAUUGGAGCCAGGAUGACAAUGAUGGUUCUGGUUGCUACUUGCGCAGGGCUAGACGCCGUCGUAUCCCAGAUAAGCCCAACUACUCCCUGAACCUGUGGAGCAUCAUGAAGAAUUGCAUUGGAAAGGAGCUCUCUAAGAUCCCCAUGCCUGUGAACUUCAACGAGCCGUUAUCGAUGCUGCAGCGCUUGACAGAGGAUCUUGAAUACAGCGAGCUCCUGGACCGGGCGGCACGCUGUGACUCCUCUCUGGAGCAGAUGUGUCUGGUGGCCGCCUUCUCCGUCUCGUCUUAUUCAACCACCGUCCACCGCACAGGGAAACCCUUCAACCCCCUGCUGGGAGAGACCUAUGAGCUGGACCGCGUGGAGGAGUACGGAUACCGCUCCAUUUGUGAACAGAUAAGUCAUCACCCUCCAGCGGCUGCCCAUCAUGUGAUAUCACAGCGAGGCUGGACCCUGUGGCAGGAGAUCACCAUCGACAGCAAAUUUCGUGGCAAAUACAUCUCUAUCAUGCCGCUAGGCAACAUUCACCUGAAGUUUCACGCCAGUGGGAAUCAUUAUGUGUGGAGUAAGGUGACCUCCACUGUGCACAAUAUAAUUGUGGGCAAACUAUGGAUAGAUCAAUCUGGGGACAUUAUAAUCAUGAACCACAGGAACAAGGACAAAUGCCACCUCAAAUUCUCCCCAUACAGCUAUUUCUCCAGGGAUGUUCCCCGCAAGGUAACAGGCGUUGUGAUGGACAGUGAAGGCUGCGCCCACUACAUUCUCUCUGGAACGUGGGAUGACAAAAUGGAAAGCGCAAAGAUCAUAGAGAGCAGCCACGGCUCUGGAGGAUCUGAGGGCAAACAGAAAACUGUCUAUCAGACUUUACCACCAAAACUACUGUGGAAGAAAUACCCUCUGCCUGAGAAUGCAGAGAACAUGCAUUACUUCUCAUCUUUGGCUCUGACUCUGAAUGAGCCAGAGGACGGCGUGGCCCCUACUGACAGCCGCCUACGGCCUGACCAACGGCUGAUGGAGGCAGGCUUGUGGGACGAAGCGAACACUGAGAAACAGAUUCUGGAGGAGCGUCAGAGACUGGAGAGGAGGAAGAGAGAGGCGCAGGCCAAUCUUGCUCUAGAAGAGGGUAAGGAAGCCGAGAGCUACCAGCCCUUGUGGUUUGAUAAAAGGACUGAUACAGAGUCAGGUGAGAGCAGCUACGUGUAUAAAGGAGGCUACUGGGAAGCCAAAGACAGACAGGACUGGAGUCAGUGCCCUGCCAUCUUUUGAAGUCUCUCUUCCAUACCAGGACCUGCUUGCAAUUCCAAGUCAUCCAGUAUUAGGAAAGCUGCUUACCCAUGUUUCUCAGAUGUGGAAUAUGCAGAUUUCAAAGCACCCAUAUGUGUAUAUAUACAUGUAUCUUAAUUUGAUGUGCAUUCACGGGGGCAUUGAGACACUUGUAUUGUAGCAGGGAAAAUUCACAUUGCAUGGAAAACCGUUCUAAGCACAAUAGAUGAAGGCACUUUAUAAAUGUGACAGUGACAGACAAUGAUCUGGGCAAUGCAACAGGAAAUCAGGAAAAAGAUUCUUCCUCAAAGCUGAUUUAUAGUUUGGUUUUUAACUGUUUCAGGUCAACUGUAUGAUAUCCAUGAAUUAUCCAUUGUAUGAUUCAGAAAACAUUCUACUUUUGAAGUAUGAAGACCGAAUGCCCUCAAAACUGUGUUCCUGCAUUGAGCUGUAGUGUAGACGAGGUGUUUGUGUAGUUUCAAUAGUGCAAACCUGCUCCAUAAACAACUUAGAUAGAGUCCAGAUCAGUGAAUUGAUGUUGCUUCAACAAAAUAACAAUUAUCAAGGCUUAGAUAUUUAAUGCUGCCCGUUUAGUUAUGUAGCACAAGCGUAAUGUGAAUGUCAUUGUGUAGGUGAUGAAUUACGGCUUAAUGGAAAUUCUCCAUAUACGGUCCUGGCUAAAUGUUUGCAAACAUGCUAAAAAAAAUUAUAUCAAGCAUUUAUUUAUUUAAAUAGAUUAAUUAAUAAUACUUGCACGUUGUUCCAUUAUAUGACUCAUCUGCAUGCAGUGCAGAUUUUUUGAAAUAAUUAUGCAAAUUAAGCAUGCACUUUAACAGAUAUGCUCAUAUAUUUGUUUAGCACUCACAGGAAGGGAGAGUAUCAGUUCGCAUUUUAGGGUGUUUUGCAAACCUUUGGCCUUGACUAUUGUCAACAAUUAGCAUUUUGUGGUGGCAAUAAUUUCUAGUUUCCAGUAUUAGCUGCUAAAGCAUAUUUACACUACAUAAUUCAUUAAUGCUGCAAGGAACAGUGGUCUGGACUACUGACCGUAAACUGUAACCAUAAUGAGGAUGAAGGCAAACUCAUAUUCGGGCAUUAAAACAUUCAGAAUUUUAGCAGACCACUGUUAUGAGAGUAUACCAUGUCAGAAAUGACACUUUCCAAUGUACACAGUGUUAACCAGACAUAUUGAUAACCUUAAAAAGCUGAUUAUUGUAACUAGGUAAAUUGUAUAAUUAUGAUGCCGAUAUGGCAACACUGAAAGUUUCAGUUGAUGAAGUUCAUCUCUCUCAAUUUUUCACAAGAUAAUGAUGUGACUUGUAGUCUCUUGUUUGUUAAAACAAUCUGAAUGUAUCAUAUAUAAAAGAAGGAUAUUUACAAUAAUUAUAUGUGCAAUAUUCAAGGGUUAUCAAUGAUUGUUUGAGGUCUGUUGAUUUGUUUUUGUAGCAUUUCAGUUCUUAUCAGGGCCAGAAGUUGGAGCCAAUGUACUUGUCUUGAAAUAACGGGAUCAUAAUUUCUCACCUAAAGCAACUCUAUGCUGUUUUUUUUACCUUGAAAUAUCAGUUUCAAACUAAUUUUGAGUCAACUUUCACUGAGUUGUGUGUGUGUAAAGCUACUAACUGUAAUUAUGACAGUGGUAUAUUUACUAAUU